ACAUGCCGUCCACCCGUGUAUCUUGCCUCGAGUGAGGGCAGUCUCCUAUUGCAUUGACGUCAAGUGAGUGACGCCAUUCGAUGAGAGGUCUACCUUGCUGCAUGACAGUAUUUCCAUCCUAGCUAGUACGUGGAGACGUACGCAGACGAUCAUUGGAUCGGAGGGGAUUACGUUGAUCGUGGGUUGACUACACGUCGUGCAGCAUAUGACUCAAACUGAAAACAGGUCACCUCAUCGCCCGAUACCUUGGUCAUGUCGCCGAUACUCCGGCGUAGUCGUGGGCAUAUCCGCCAAUGCAGCGGCCGCUUGGCGCCGCUUCCAGAACUGCACUCGGUAUUUGAAGGGCUCGUCCGGCUGGCUUUUGACCCGGGACCAUAUGGAAACUGAAGCAGUGUACUCUUUGGUGCUACUUUUUGACGUUGUUGUAUGGUUAUUCGCGUCCCGUUCGUACGCCUUCAUGCAUUUCUUGGAAGAAGCAAUUGUCCUCGACAGGCGUCUAGUACAACGCCUCGGUAGCUCGAAGCUACGAUGCAUCAGCCGGCGCAUCGAAACUCUUCUGUUGAGAGACGCCGCAGAUAUCAACGGAUUCAACCCGCCAAGAGCGCUACGAUGUAGCAUCGCGUUCUUCAUCGCGGCCGAGAAUGUGCUCGUGACCGUGAUUCCUUGGAGCGAUGAAGCCAUAUCGGCGCGGUCCAUGGCGUCCCAAGCUGGUCGGCUGUGCUUCAUGAACAUGCUGCCACUCUGUUUGCUUGUCAUCCCGGGCAACGGUUUCCUCCCGAGAGUCAUCAGGCAGUGUCGGGAGCAGUGGCUGUGGGCUCAUUCGUUCUUCGGCUGGCUGAUCACUUGUCAGGGCGUCAUACACGUCAUAGCAUCGCUCUGUUUGCUUCCAAGUAAGCCAGGUACACGGCAGCCACUCGACAGUCCAGGUCACGACGUCGCAUCACUAACGCACAUGCAGGUCCGGCCACGAGUUCAUGGACAACGGGAUCGACGGUAGGAAACACGAUUGAAGCCACAGGACCAAGCUGACAGACGCGUAUGGUAGGCUGGAGUACUUCUCGUGACCGUGGCGCUCUCAUCGAAGUUUCGACGAGCGAGUGCCUCCUCCUCCUCCUCCACCCCGAUCUGCCGUUGUCUCCGUCCCCGUGCAUCGGCCGCGGCCCUUUCUUG